UCCCAACAGCCUUGUGUUUCUUUUUGUUUAUUUUGACCGUGGCUCCUCAUAUAUAAAGUUAAAAAAUUCCAUUGGGCCCAAAGGAAUCCGUGAUCAUGGGCCGAUUUUUUACUCCAAGCCCGGUGACAAUUACUAGAAGUACCCUAUAUGGUAGGUGACAGCUGGUGUCAGUGAGGGCCAUUUCCGUCAAACUAAGUUACAACGGCUAUUUUCGAAUCACGUAGCCGUUGGACCCAUCCAUAUCCAGAUGGCAGAUCUUCAUAAUUUCCUUUCCCAGAAGCACCAACGAAGGAACAAACUACCCUAGUUUUCUAGCGCAUAUAAACUAUAAAGCCUUCAUCGGUAUACCCAGUAAUCUUCAAUUAACUCAUUCUCUGCAAGCAACACUAGCUUUUCCAACGCUCUUACAUCACCAGCAAAGCUUCAUCGCCAAUCUCUCUCGCUCGCUCGCUCGCUCGCUCGCUCUCUCUCUCUCUGUGAUUUUUAUUUUUCAGUAUAUAUUUUUGUUAUCUACAAUCUCACUUUGCGUUUCGCAGGCUAGGUUCUUGUUUUUAUUUUUUAUUUCUUCUCCUCCUCCUCUCUCUCUCUCUCUCUCUCUCUCUCUCUCUCUCUCUCUCUCUCUCUCUCUCUCUCUCUCUCUCUAUAUAUAUAUAUAUAUAUAUAUCUAGCGUUAUGGAUGCAGGAUCUGUGGGUUCCUCUUACAAGAGCUCGUCUCGGUGCCCUCUUCAAGAACAAUUCCUUCAGAGAAAGAAUAAUCGUGAAAAUUUGGAUAGGUUCAUUCCCAAUCGCGCAGCUAUGGACUUCGAUUACGCCCAUUACAUGCUCACCGAGGCGAGGAAAGGCAAAGAGAACCCGGCUGUGAGCUCUCCCUCCAGAGACGCCUACCGGAAGAAACUUGCGGAGACCUUCAACAUGAACCGAACUCGGAUCUUGGCUUUCAAGAACAAGCCCCCAACAACAAUCGACCCGAUCCCACAGGAGUUGCUUUCGUCGUACAAUCCUCAGACCAAAAUUACCAAGCCCCGGCGACACAUUCGUCAGAGUUGCGAGAGGACAUUGGAUGCUCCUGAUAUUGUAGAUGAUUUCUACUUAAAUUUACUAGACUGGGGUAGCAGCAACGUCCUCGCCAUUGCUCUCGAAAACACAGUGUACCUCUGGGAUGCCUCAAAUGGCUCUACCUCAGAACUCGUCACAAUUGACGACGAAAGUGGUCCCGUUACGAGCGUCAGUUGGGCUCCUGAUGGCCGGCACAUCGCCAUUGGCUUAAACAAUUCCCAUGUCCAGCUUUGGGAUUCUACUGCUAAUAAACAGUUGAGGGCAUUGAGAGGCGGUCACAGGCAAAGAGUCGGUUCACUGGCCUGGAACAAUCACAUCCUAACAACAGGAGGAAUGGAUGGUAAAAUAAUCAACAAUGAUGUGAGGGUGAGAUCCCACAUCGUUGAGACCUACAGGGGACACCAACAGGAGGUCUGUGGAUUAAAAUGGUCUGCCUCGGGCCAGCAAUUGGCGAGUGGAGGAAACGACAAUCUUCUCUAUAUAUGGGACAGAUCUGUGGCCUCUUCCAAUGCACCAACACAGUGGCUUCAAAGGCUUGAGGAGCACUCAGCUGCUGUCAAGGCCCUGGCUUGGUGUCCAUUCCAGGGUAAUUUGCUAGCCUCUGGCGGUGGUGGGGGUGACCAUUCGAUUAAGUUCUGGAACACCCACACAGGCGCGUGCUUGAACUCGGUUAACACAGGUUCGCAGGUUUGUGCUCUGCUAUGGAACAAGAAUGAGCGAGAAUUGCUUAGUUCUCAUGGCUUUUCCCAGAAUCAGCUCAUUCUUUGGAAAUAUCCUUCAAUGGUGAAGAUGGCGGAGCUCACUGGACAUACCUCCCGAGUUCUUUAUAUGGCACAGAGCCCGGAUGGGUGCGCAGUGGCAUCUGCAGCAGGAGACGAAACUCUGAGAUUUUGGAAUGUGUUUGGGACCCCAGAAGUGGCUAAACCUGCACCUAAGGCGACAAACCCAGAGCCAUUUGCUAACGUGAACCGUAUCCGUUGAACAUCCUUAGAAGGUGGUAAUGGAUUGUUGAGCUUUUAUCAUGUGAAGAAGGUGAAGAACUUAAUUUACAUUGAUACAGUGUUUUUGGUUUGAUGUAUAGAUUAUAGAGUAAAGUUAUGGACUGGGAUUCGGUCUUAAUCAUAACUUGAUUGCUAUCUAUCUCAGAUACUUGUUUUUAUACAACUUUUUAAGGAUAAAUGAGAUUGAUUGAUCAAUGGACCAAAAACUUUUUCUUCAA